AUGAGCUCUUCGGAGGACGAUAUGCCUCUCGCGCGCGCGAAUGGCCGUGCCAAGUUUUCUCCGAAGACUUCCGAAGCCAAGAUGCCAACCUCGAGCUCACCGGGGACCAAUGGUCAUGUUGAACCUGGCGUUUCUAUUCGAUUCGGCCCUGUGGAAGACAAAGAUGUGAAGAUGGAAGACGCGGAUGCUGAUGAUGCGGGGCCUGCGAAGCGCAAAUCUCGAACAAGUAUUACCCAGCAAAAAUCUUAUGCAGAAAGCAGUGAAGAAGAUGAACCUUUGAGCAAACGCCGGCGCACCUCCGUGAAACACGAGGAUCCUGAGACAGAUGAAGAUGUUCCCCUCGCUCGCAAUGGACGAAAGCUUCCCAAGGCCACCGAGACCGCCAUUGGCGAGGAUUCCGACUCAGAUGUGCCACUUGACAAGAAGCUCACCGCGCAGAAGAAGAAGAUCGAAGCGGCGGCGGCAAAGGAUGCGCGCAAACCCGCCGUGAAGAAGGAGACCAAGCCUGCUCCCAAGAAGCAGACCAACGGUGUCAAGAAGGAGCCCGCGACCAAAUCCGCCGUCAAGAAGGAGCCUGCUGCUGCCAAAAAGAGCAAGGCUGGCACGGUGAAGGCAGAAAGCCAGGACGCGGAAGACAAUGACGAGGAGGAGGGCUACCGCUGGUGGGAAGACCAGAGCAAGGGCGACGGAACCAUCAAGUGGACCACCCUUGAACACAGCGGCGUUGUGUUCCCUCCUGAGUAUGAACUACUUCCAAAGAACGUCAAGAUGCGCUAUGAUGGUGUUCCGGUCACCCUCGAACCCGAGGCGGAAGAAGUCGCUGGUUUCUUCGGCAGCAUGCUGAACUCGGCCCAUAAUGUGGAAAACCCUGUGUUCCAGAAGAACUUCUUCUCCGACUUCAAGGAUAUUAUCAAGAAGACCGGCGGAGCCAAGGACCACAACGGCAACAAAAUCGAUAUCAAAGAUUUCACCAAGUGCGACUUCAAACCCAUCUUCGAAUACUAUGACGCCCAACGUGAAGAGAAGAGGCAACUGCCACCAGCCGAGAAGAAGCGUCUCAAGGCUGAAAAAGACGAGCAAGAAGCUGCGUACCAGUACUGCAUCUGGGAUGGUCGCAAGCAAAAGGUGGGCAAUUUCCGUGUGGAGCCGCCUUCUUUGUUCCGAGGCCGUGGUGAGCAUCCCAAGACCGGUCGCGUCAAGACUCGUGUGCAACCUGAGCAGAUCACCAUCAACAUUGGCAAGGAUGCAAAGGUUCCUCCCCCGCCUGCGGGUCACCAAUGGAAGGAAGUGAAGCACGAUCAGGAAGGUACAUGGCUUGCCAUGUGGCAGGAGAACAUCAACGGCAACUACAAGUAUGUCAUGUUGGCUGCCAACUCCGAUGUCAAGGGACAAAGUGACUUCAAGAAGUUCGAAAAGGCUCGUGAACUCAAGAAGCACAUUGAGAAGAUCCGCAAGGACUACGAAAAGAACCUGAAGCACGACAUGAUGGUGGAGCGUCAAAAGGCCACGGCAGUCUAUCUCAUUGAUCAGUUUGCUCUGCGUGCUGGAAAUGAGAAGGGCGAAGACGAAGCUGAGACCGUUGGCUGCUGUUCUCUCAAAUACGAGAACGUUACAUUGAAGCCCCCACAGACUGUCGUCUUCGAUUUCUUGGGUAAGGAUAGUAUUCGGUUCUACGAUGAAGUCAAAGUCGAUCUGCAAGUUUUCAAGAACCUCAAGAUUUUCAAGAAGGCCCCCAAGAAAAAUGGUGACGAGAUUUUCGAUCGCCUGACGACCUCUGCUCUCAACAAGCAUCUUCAGAACUACAUGACUGGAUUGACUGCCAAGGUCUUCCGUACUUACAACGCUUCCUACACAAUGGGCUCCGUGCUCAAGGAAAUCAAAACCACAGGUAGCACUGCUGCCGAAAAGGUCAAGGCGUAUAACGACGCCAACCGCAAGGUUGCCAUCUUGUGUAAUCACAAGCGAACAGUCACUGCCGGCCAUGCUAAUGCAAUGGAAAAGAUGGGCGAACGUAUCAAGGGACUUCGCUAUCAGAAAUGGCGUUUGAAGCAGCAAAUGCUCGACUUGGAACCUACUUUGAAGAAGAAGAAGGGUGCUGCCUUCUUUGAAAUUGACGAAGACCUCGAUCAAGAAUGGAUCAAUGAACACCAAGCUUUCUUGAUGGAGGAGCAGACCACAAAGAUCACCAAAAAGUUCGAGAAAGACAACGAAAAACGUGUUGCUGAUGGCGAAAAAGAAAUGAAGGCAACAGAACUCGAGGAACGUCUGCAGGUCGUCAAGGAGAUGGAGAAGAAAUUUAAGAAGGAGAACAAGACCGGCAAGGUCGAGGCCGAGGCCCGUGCUGCCACUGUUGAAAAGCUCGAAGCUGCAAUCGCCAAGAUUGAUCAGCGUGUCGAGACCAUGUCCGUCCAAGCUCAGGACAAGGAAGAUAACAAGGAAGUUGCCUUGGGCACGUCUAAGAUUAACUAUAUCGACCCUCGCCUAACGGUCGUGUUCAGCAAGAAGUUUGAUGUCCCCAUUGAAAAGUUCUUCUCCAAGGCCCUGCGUGAGAAGUUCGAGUGGGCCAUCAAGUCCGUUGAGGAAGACUGGGAAUUCUAA